AUGGGUAAUAAUACUUCUAGUACUAGAAAAUCAACAGCUAGCCGGUAUAAUCUGGGCAAUAUUCGAAAAUCGUCGACUUCUACGAACAACUAUCAUAAUUUAGAUGAGGAGUUCAGCGAUUUGAUAUUGCACCAGGUAAAACGCAAGCAGGAUGAGAAACACGGUCGACAGAAGGAACAACAAAACGAGCCAUCAGGGAUUCACACUCAGAAUAGUUCAGGGACAGAUGGGUCCAACAGGAGCAUGCAGCAGCAAUACCAUCAAUUUUCGAAUGACUUGAUAGAAGAUGAGUUCAAUGAGUUGAAUGCCGGAUUACUUGAUGUAGACGGCACCGAAGUGGCACGGAACAUUUUACCCAACAGCGACUACAACAGCGACGCAAUGGAUACGUCCGAAGACCACUCGAUAUCGAGUGGUCUGUCAAUGCCCCAGAGGGGUGACACACCGACUCCUAACUUGAGCAAGGUGGAUUUUACUAAGAUUGCAGUGGCACCGUCCAAUGCUGAAGAUGUGAACAUGAAUUCAUAUGUUGCAUCUCCAGUGGGUAAAAGCAAUAUUUCUAGCAAGUCUAAGAAUGGCAGACGUAUCCCAGUCGAAAUUAAAUGGGUGAAUUCAAACAAAGAAAACAUUCUGAAGAUAUCGAUAAUCGGGUCAUUUUCGAAUUGGAGGAAUAUUAUCCACUUAUCGCAGUCAUCCCAACACGAGAACGAAUAUGUCACUACAAUCAAAUUACCGUUAGGUGUCCACAAAUUGUUAUAUAUAAUAAACAACGAAUAUAGGGUCAGUGACCAAUUACCUACUGCCACCGACCAUGAGGGGAUAUUUUUCAAUUGGUUUGAAGUGUUAGAUGAAGUUCAUCUUUUCAACCAUUCACACAACCAGCCAAAUCAUGUUGGUGCGUCUUCAGAUUAUGAUGCCAAUAUCAUUCUGUCACUUUCACAAGGCGAGACUCAAACUGCUGGUAGGUAUGAAGUAGACAAAAUCAGAAAGAAGCUGAACAGCUUCUUAGCCAAGGUGAGUAAAAGUGAAGCGUUUCCGGAUGUUGAACAUGUGGAAUACAUGCCCGAAAAUUCUCCUUCUCCUGCGAUCGGACCACAAACAGUAGAAGAAUUAGUAGCACCUAGACCUUAUGCCGAACGCAUGCAAUCGGAUGAUUGUUCCACCACAACCAACGAAUCGAAUAAGUACGUGCCUUAUCAUGAAAAAUUAUCGUCAUCAUUCUUGGCAGAUUAUCAAAAAUCGGCCUUGAGUUAUUCGAGCGAAAUUCCGGAAAUGUUUGUGAAUUACGAUUACUUUAAGAGCAAAGGUCCAGACUACGAGCUACCGGAACCACCCCAAUUACCAGCACAUUUAAACAAUGUGUUGUUAAACAAGAUGUCAUCUAACCAACAACAAAACCAUGCUCAAAACAUUCCUAUGGUUCCACCUACAAUCACCGAUCAUCAACAUUACCAGCAAGUUCAGCAGAUACAAUCUAGCCAAUACCCAUAUGACUACCAAACUUCUUCUGUAGUCCCUAACAAUUCUUCAAAGAGACCUCCUUUAAGAAGAGCAGACAGUUCAUAUUACGCUUCAAAUCAAGAGGCAUAUCACUUGUCGAUUCCUAACCACGUAAUAUUGAACCACCUUAUGACCACAUCUAUAAGAAACGAUGUUUUAAUAGUGGCAUGUAUUACAAGAUAUUCAGGUAAAUUUGUAACUCAGAUAAUGCACUCACCUGCAGAUACAUGA